UCUUUUGGUGUAACAUUUCAAAGUGGUGUGGUUGAGUGAUGAAGCAUGACUAGUCAAAAUCAAACGUUGGUUCCUUUUGGGUACAACGAAUCUGAUCAGAUUUAAGUACACCCCGAGAUAUCAACCUCACGUAAAAAAAGAAAAAAGUAGAAAGAGGGUUAGAACAACUUAACACAGAUGGGUCAAAAUCAAAACAUGUUGUUCAGCUUUCCAUUUUCGUAGUGGGAUUCUUCUCUUCUUGCUUUCUCCAGUGUCAUGAAGAAGAGUUCUUCAUCAUCAUUCCAGAACUUGGGAUCUUUCCCAAGUCCAGGGGCACCCUAUUAUAGGGAGAGAAACAUUAGGAGCCAAAAGGGUUGGUGCUCAGAGAGAGUUUCAAAUUCAAAGCUUUCAACUAGUGCUAGUAGCAUAAGCAGAAGACACACUAUGGCAGGGUUAAUAACAACACCCUUUUGUGGUGGAAGAACACUGCCAUCUAAAUGGGAUGAAGCUGAGAGGUGGAUUUGUAGCCCAGUUUCUGCGUAUGCUGAGAGCAGAAGUUGUUCACAUGCACAGCUUCAGCGAAGGCCAAAGUCAAUAAGUGGCCCUAUUGUGCCUCCUGGUGUGGCUUCUUUCUACUCAAAUCAGGGUUUGGUUGUGAGAAACUUGGUGGUGGGUUCACCCUUCUCAACUGGGGUGUUGGCACCUGUUGCUGUUUCUGUUCACCACUUUGAUGCACAUGAUGGCAAUGUUUUUGGCUAUGACUUGGACAGUGGAAUGCAGUUUUCUAGGCCUGGGAUCAAUGAGAAUGGCGUGGUGCUUUCUUCUUUGUCCAGUGCUGAACCCACGUGCUCUGAACAGCCCUGUGACCAAUCAUCUCCCAUCUCUCAAGAUGAGAAACAAGGAGCGAUGAAUGAGGAAAACGUAGCAUCUCAUUCCUCAAGGUGUGACAAAGGUACCCAAAUGAGUCUAGGAGAGGCAGAGAAUGAUUCACAUUCAUCUCCUAAAUCUUGUGCCACUUCAGUUGUGGAACAACAAGAAUGGCAUUCUCCUAAAUUAGAGGUCAGAGAUGUGGAAGUCGACAGCCAAUCUACAAUUAUAAGGUGGUCCAAGAGGCAUGCAACCAAAUUGCCCAAAAAAGACACUUUACACAGCAAAGAUUCAAGAGAGAUUAGGGAAGAAGACCAAGCAUCAUGGGAUAUUGAUGAGCCAAACAUUGACACUUCCAAGUUACAGAGAGAGGAAGCCAAAAUCAUCGCAUGGGAGAAUUUGCAGAAAGCAAAGGCUGAAACUGCAAUACGGAAACUUGAGAUGAAAUUGGAAAAGAAGAGAUCGUCAUCAAUGGAUAAGAUUCUAAACAAGCUGAGAAGGGCACAGUUGAAAGCUGAAAAUAUGAGAAGCUCAUUACCUGUACAACAGGGCCAGGAGGUUUCCAAGUGCACAGUAUUUUCGUUCUCCAAAUAUGCUCAGAUAUGGUCUCCAACCACUUGCUUCAGAAGCCAUGAUCAGUGAAGGAUCCUAUGUAAAAUCCCUCAAUUCAUUGAGGUUUUUUUACCACUUUAUAAAAGAAAAUACUACAUUGUCUUGAUGACAGACAAUUCCACGCAAUUGGCAUGUGUUAGAAAGCCUUACACCAUUAUUUGCACCUAGGUACCUAUGUAUUAUUCUGUGUAUAUAAGAAAGCACAAUGGUUGUGACGAACUUUUUUCCUUUUUCUUUUAUAAACAUUUUUUUUCUCUCGUUUUCUUUAUGAACACACCAAGUACUCGUAGAUGGUGAUUGAGGAUAAAUUAUUGCAUUGUCUAAA